AUGGACGGAGGAAGCAGCAGCAUCUCGCCGCUCCACAUCGCGAUCUGGAACGGAGACAUCGACCAGGUCGAAGCUGCGCUCAGCGCCGGCGCUUCCGUCGAGACCCGUGACCGCCAUGGCCAUCGCGCGUUGCACUUUGCCCUGCAGUGCGCUCAUCGCGAGACUCGGGCUAUCGUCGAUACUCUCCUCAAUGUUGGUCACGCGCGGCCACGGUCGCGGGAUGCGAGCGGCUGGAAGGCACUGCAUCGAGCCAUUCACGCCAACAACAAAGACCUUCUGUGCGAUCUUGUCCAGCGCGAGAACGCACAGGUACCCGAGGUGCUCAAGGCCAAGCUGCUCGCAGCGUCGGCGCAGCUCGCGGCCAUGCCCGACUUUACCGCCGAGCUCGAUCUCGCGGUGACGUCGUGGGUCCCGAUGCUUUCGUCGCUCUUGCCGAGCGAUACGAUCAAACUCUACAAGUCGCACGGCAGUCUCCGCGUGGAUAUGACACUCUCCGGCUUCAAGAGCCUGCGCUGGAAGCGCGGUCGGCUCUCGAUUCUUCUCUUGCCCGAUCGACUCGUGACGCUCGACCACGAACGCCAGACCGUGCGCGACUGGCUCCCCGCGCCAGCGACCGACGCCGACGUCCAGCGGCAACUCCACUUGCUCCUGACGAACCGCACGACAAACAUGCAUGUCGACAUGGCGUCUCUGCAGCUCAUGCCGCGCCGCCACUGGCUGUCACCCAACGGACCUCAGAUGACGGAAGCUGUUGGCCUCUGGAAGGACGCGCGGAUCUUUGAUAUGGAGGGCCUUUGUGUGCGCAUGCAGUCGUGGCCGGCCAAGGCGCCACACCGUCCACCGCCGAUGGGCGCGACACCGGACGUGCUGUCGCCUACGUUUCCCGUCGCGACGGGGCUCUUUGACAAGCUGCAGGAGGCCGAGACGACCCUCGAGAUCGCGCCAGGUCUCGAGCACGCGGUCCCGAUUGGCAUGCAAGCCGGCGACACGAUUGGCUGGAAGUUUUACGUGGACGACCACGACGUCGAGUUUAGCGUCUGCUUUGUGCCCGACGAGUGGUACGCGAUCGCCAAGGCCGACUCGGACCCGGAAAAGGUGCACUUGAUAUCCGAGGUCGUGCCCGAACAGCGGGUGCGUCCGACCAAAGCCGCGCCAAUGCAGGGAUGCCACAAGGCCAAGACCAGCGGCAACCUCAUCGUGCGCUGGGACAAUGCCCACGCCAUGUUCCGAUCCAAGACGCUGCAUUUUGCAAUAUUCCCGAUCCUGGAUACCGUUGAGGCCGAGACGCCCGAUGUCCGCGGGGCGCCCGACACAUCGAGUCACCUUGUGACCUUUGAGCAGUGGUUUGGCGUCGACCGCACGUCGCUGCCACCGGCGCUUCUCGCCAUGAACCCGAAACCUGCCAUUCCCAUGCACACGACUCCGCCGACAAGUUGCUACACCAAGCAGCUAACGGGCACCGUGUACCUCUCCGAUACCUUUCCGCUCACCGUGGCCGAGUUUUUGCCCGUCGUGCAGGUGCUUGCCGCCACGUCGUCGCAAUUUGCAGCGCUCGUCGACUUUUUCCAAACCAAGCUACCGCCAGGCUUUCCCGUUCAAGUGACGCUGCCCGUGUUCCCGUCCAUCUCGGCGACGGCUCGCUUUGCGUCCUUGCAGCUGGCUUCGUCCCCGCCCGAGUGGUUUGUCGUACCACCGACCUACACGCCCAAAGCGCCGAAAUCGACUGGCGCUGUGCCCAACCAAGCUCUCUCCAACCUCACGGACCAAUACAUGAAGUCGGCCUCGUAG